AUGAAUCGGUAUUGGUGGGGACCUGGGGGUCAGAAAGGCAUUCACUGGAAGGCAUGGGAUCGACUAUGUGUUCCAAAGAAAUGUGGUGGGUUGGGAUUUAAGGAUCUGAGGGCUUUUAAUCUAGCAAUGCUAGGGAAGCAAGCCUGGCGCUUUUUAACUAGGCCUCAAUCUCUUGUCGUAAGAAUUUAUAAGGCUAGGUACUUCCCCAAAUCUUCUUUUGUUGAUGCUACCUUAGGAAGAUGCCCAAGCUUCUGCUGGAGAAGUAUUAUGGCAGCCCAUGAUCUUAUUUGUAGUGGAGUUAGGAGACGUAUUGGGGACGGAAAGUCAACUUUAAUCUGGGGUCAACCAUGGCUCCCAGAUGAUGUUAACCCAAUGAUUCAGACUGCUAUGCCACACGAACUUGAGGGUGCUUUGGUUUCUGGUCUUAUUGACCCAACAACUGGCUCAUGGGAUUACUCUAUUGUACGAGAUAUCUUUGAUGCUGCAGAAGUAGACCGCAUUAUGAAGGUCUCAGUUAGCCCUCACUAUGAGGACUCCUGGUUUUGGCUAGGAGAUCCGGGUGGUUGUUACACUGUCAAACGUGGAUAUAGGCGCAUCAUGGGAGAGCUUGACAACUCCCCGGGCACUUUUAACAAGUGGCUACAUUUAUGGAAGAUCAAAUGCCCAGCAAAAUGGAAAACUUUUAUGUGGAGAGCCCUCUCAAAUGUCCUACCCACUACUACCAACUUGCUUAUAAAGAGAGUAGAUGUUGACCCACCAUGCCCUAUGUGUGGCAUCAUGCAUGAAACCAUUAUGCAUUCACUCCUCUUAUGUGAUUAUUCAAGUCUUGUUUCGCAUGAAUCUACAUUACAUGUCCCUAGUGUGAAUUGGGAUGACUUUGGGGCAUGGUUUGGCAAUGCAAUCACCGUGCUAACAGAAUAUGAUAUUAUGCUUGUUGUAGCAGUUCUAUACCAAAUCUGGAGAUCAAGAAACAAGGCUGUAUGGGAGAGGUGGCUGCCACGACCGAAAUCUGUGUGGAAUACUACCCAGGCAGCGACGUCAGCCUGGCGGUCGGUUCACACGAACAAUCCCAGCCAACGCCAACCGUCGAUCUCGGUGAUGCCGGCAGCUUCUGCGCAUUUUCAUUGCUGCUUCGACGCUGGCUUCCGAGCCCAAUCCAGGGAAGGAGCGGUUGGAGCAGUUUUGUAUGCGCCAAAUGGAAAUUUUACAGCGGCUUUCAAUGGUACCCUUCCCACAUGUUAUUCGCCCCUCAUGGCAGAAGCUUUGGCUUGCAAGGACGUUCUUUCUUGGUUAAAAGGUGUUGGUCCCAAGGGGAUGGGCUGCUCGUGUCUUGCUGGGGUCUUUUGGGUUUACCAGACUCAGGUAGUCGUCUGUGAUGUGAAAGAAUUGAUAAUUCCUGAAGGCCUCCCCAACAAAUUCACCUUCAAUUACUCCAUCUUUCCACCAUUGGACACAUUCUUCUGGAGUCAUGUUGCUGUGAAGAGAUAUCCCAACGUACUUCAGAAGAUUGAAUAUCUGAUGAACAAGGCUUUGCUCGGUGUCCUCUCUAUUUCCGAACUUGAAGGUCCAGUGGUUAAUGGUUCACUGGCUGCCCUUUUCUUGCUUGUGGAUGUCCCUCUUGGCCCUUGA